AACAGCUCCCUCUAGGGGAGUUGUGAUAGGGGGGUUCAAAACAACCCCCCUAUUGAUAACCUAUUGUUAGGGAGAGGUUUCCCUAACCUAUUGAAAACUAAUAAACAAAACAGUGAGAAUGUCACGAAAUGACAGCACCGAGAGUGACACCAACGAAACCCCCAACAAUACCUGUAAAUACUGUUCACAAGUCUGUGAUUCGUACCACAAUCCCAGUCUCCAGUGCAGUGGUGAGUGUUCCCGACACAUUCACGUCAGAUGUUUGAGACGCGGUGGAGUACCUGGAUCACUCGUUGGCGAUGUCUUCUUCAGUUUGUACUGCAUGGAGUGCAGUCCUCUCGCCGAGGAGACUGUCACCAGGGACAAGAUGUCCUGGCUCAAUAUAAUCGUUCUGACUCUCUACAAUUUACGAGAGAAGUCCAGUGGCAUCAGCAAACGAGGCUACUUCCACUGGAAGUCAGACAUCAGUACCUUUGUGGACAGGAACUGGGAUUAUUUGUUCCAGAAGACUGUUAAGAGGAAGAAGAAUUGGAUUGGGACGAUUUCAGGGACACUUUCGCAUUACAGUGCUGGUUUUUUCAAGUCUGGGACGACUGAGCUGGGGGAGUCGGGCUGGUGGAGACUCGUGGAUCUCGAUCCUCCGGAGGUUCUCAUCGUCAAGAACAGCAAAAUGAUUGUGGAGAGGAAGAAGCAGCCCCAGGGGAGGAGCAAAGCCUUCUGUGUAAGUCCCCCUAGGUCGGAGUCCAGUCUCUCCAUUGGGGAUGACAGCUGCACUGGGGAGUCUUCCAGGAUUCAGACCCCCUCCAUGUUCUCGAGGGAGUAUGUCCAGCCUUCUGAGGUGCUGUCGGAUUAUCUGAUGGCUGACGAUGAAAUGCCAGAUAUUGACGGUCUAGAUGUUGAAGAUAGUGUCGACCUGAGUGAGCAAUCCCCCUCAUUCGCAGAUCUCAUGAGAGAAUACCAAACAAAAAAUACCCCAUACUCUACCGACACUCAAUACUCCCAAUUGUUCAGUUCUUUCAAUCCAGAAUGGAUGAACAACAUUCUCAAUCAAACUGGAAAUUCCAAGCAGACUGAAGUCAAACAAGAGGAAGGAGAGAAUGACAACGGAAUGACGUGUGAGGACAGCAGCGACAGUUGUGCAACUGUGGAAGAGCCACCCAAUUCUUUAUUCACCAUCAGCAAUUGCCGUGAGUGGCCCUGGAAGCGGAAGAACAAGUUGAUGAUGAAGAAGAAACAGGAGAAGAUGAGCAACUACGAGAUGUGUUAUCUCCUCCAGAGUGUUAAUAAAAAAAGAUUGGAGUCUGCACCUCCCUCGAUCAGAAGAUUCUAUCGUAAACUAGCCCUGAGAAAGAUAAAAAACGAUUGCAAUCUCACAGUUUUGGAUAUAGACAGAUUCUCCCUCAAGUCAGAUAAACAAGACUUGAAACUGAUGAUGAAGAGGAAUCGAGUGAUAGACAGGUUUUAUAACAACAAUUUUAGUGUCAAUUUCGAGCUGAGGUUGCAGGGGAAUGUAGAACCGACAGCUAUUCACAGUCCUUACACCAAUAGAUUGUUGAAGCCUUUCAUAAGACAGGAUCAAGACAGUAAUCCUUUGUGGCUGGGAGUCAUGGAGGAAUUGAAAGCCAAAGUGCGAACGUUAAAGAGAAAUUUGGACGUUGAGAUUGGGGUGAGGGGAACGAUUGACUACUGCUACGUAAGACCACAGCACAUUCCAGCGAUGAAUAGCCUCUGCAGUCAGUUCUUCUGGCCUGGGAUCGACUUGACAGAGUGCCUACAGUACCCUGACUUCACCUGUGUAGUUCUCUACAAGAAACUCGUCAUCGGUUUUGCCAUUCUCGUGCCUGAUGUUGGCUACAAUGAGGCGUACAUCUCCUUCUUCUUCACGAGACCUGAAUGGAGGAGAUGUGGCAUUGGAACAUUCAUGCUUUAUCACUUGAUACAGACGUGCAUGGGAAAGGACGUGACUCUUCAUGUCUCUGUUACCAAUCCUGCACUCAUCCUCUAUCAGAAAUUUGGCUUCAAGAUUGAAGAGUUUGUCCAGGAUUUUUAUGACAAGUAUAUGGCACCUGGACCCAGGGAGUCUAGGCACGCAUUAUUCUUGAGAUUAAGCAGAUGAUUCUGCCAAAUACUCAGGAAUUUGAUCAUUUUUGUUGUAAAUGAAUGCUAUUUUGCAGUAAAUAAAAUAGGGUAUUUUUUUCAUUCACAUUUGCCCUCAACUCAA